AUGGAAAAGGCUUGUCGCGUAAUAUUACGGUUUGAAGCCAGCCCACACGGCGGCGAUACGUUAUCCAAAGCCCGUGGAAAAGGACAUGCCCUUGAAGCCAACCGGAAGUGGAAGCUGGAAAAGAGCAUCAGAGAGCUGCACGCUAUUGCCGACCAAGUGGACGCGACCCAUAAGAUGCUCGCCAAGACCAGCCUGGUGGCCGGCGCCUCAGACGCCGUCCCUGGCGUCUUAAGCAUCUUGGGUUUGGCCCCGGUACCCGUGACGGUAGGGGGGAGUCUGAUGCUCUCAGCGGUGGGGCUGGGCCUGGGGGCAGCCGCUGCUGUCGCCAACAUGUCGACGAGUGUCUUGGAAAAUAGAAGCAAUAUGGCAGCCAGAGGAAGAGCCAGCAGACUGGUGCCUAUGGAAACAACGACGGAGUACAAAGCUUUUGAAGAAAUAAGGCUGUCUGAAGUCAGUGUUGUGUGCGUUGAUAGGUGUGUCAGACUCAUCAAGAAGGUCAAGGGACUUCGUGCCUCCCAGAUGGCCAAAGCCAACUCUGGCUUCAUGGCUAUAGGUCAUAUGGCCAUAAGCCGUCUCCCCUUCUGGAGGGCCAGAGGGCUGCAGAGAGCAGCUGAAGGCUCAGUCCUGUCCGUGAGCAAAGGUGUCCGGGUGCCGGGUGCUGCUGGGGCUGGCUUGUCACCUUUGCAAGACGUGCAAAGCCUCCUGCAGAGCCGGAAGCACCUGGAGGAGGGGGCGAGGGCAGAGACAGCCGAGGCACUGAGGACACUCGCCAAGGAGCCGGAGCAGGAGCUGAGGCAGCUCACCCGGCACCACAAGCUGACCAUCCAGGGGCGGGGCUGCCGGAGAAGCCCGUUCCUGAAGGAGGAGUACUCCAGGCCCGGCCGCACGAGAGACACAGAAGGACCCGGUGUGGAACGCGAGCCACAUGCCAGCCCUGGCAUGGCUGGACGCCCAGGUGAACCUUCUGGAAGAUUCUAAUUAUUGCCACAGACGUGAGUAAACUACUCCCGUUUCCUCUUUGUCCUCGCCGGUCGAGCUGCCUCCACGGAACCUUGGUUUAGCAGAGGCAAAAUACAAGUGUCCAACUAGGAAAACUCAGGGCAGGGAAAUUUAAUGAUCGUCGAAGUCCAGCACUGGCCCAUGGUAAUCCUCGGGGGCUCCGGAACUACUCGGGACGGAAGGGAAAUGUGCGAGAGAUAAGAGUUUCUGUGUGUACAGAUGGGGUCGGGGGCCAAGGAGACUUAAAUAUGCAUGUUAAUUUAAGCUGAGGUUGGGCCACGUUUGGAGCACGUGUCUUCUCCAAAUUGUACGUAACUACACAGAGCAUUUAGAAUUAAAGUUUUUUUGAAAAAAAACUCCUUCAUUUUUAUAUAUUUUUUUAAGGUUUAUUUAUUUUUGAGAGAAAGAGAGCAUGAGGCGGGGAGGGCAGAGAGAGAAAGGGAGACGCAGUAUCCGAAGCAGGCUCCAGGCUCCAAGCUGUCAGCACAGGGCCCCACACAGGGCUCGAACUCAGAACGGCGAGAUCAUGACCUGAGCUGAAGUCAGCCACCCAACCGACUGAGCCACCAGGCACCCCCAAAAUUAGAUUUCUUAAAAAGGAGGACCACAACCCAUAGCCUGCUGGACUUAAUUUAGUUUCUUAAAUCACUUCAAUGAAUACAGCUUCUGCUUCACUACUGACUGAAGCCAUAAUGGGAGGAGAAUGAGUUUUCUAAAAGACCAUUCCCGUGGCUGAAAACCAAGAAGUCUAGUCUUUUGGGUUCUUGAACCCGACUCCAACGUGAGUGUGUGUGUGUGUGUGUGUAACCAACACAUUAAUGUAGAAAAUGCUUGACUGUUCCACCAUAAGAAAAUUCUAGGCUAACCUGACUGAUUCAUGAGCCUGUUUUGCAGACGUUGACCAACCACCAGUAAGACUGGCUGAGAUGGGAGCACACUGGGAAGAAUUCUUGGAACCGUGAAGAAGGGACCGGGAGUGAGCGAAAGUAAUCUCUGCGAGGACACACCCCAAGAUCUCCCCCCACGCGUGACGCUCACACUGCCAUUUUUGACCAGGUGUCCCAUGAAGAGACAGGAGUCCUGAAUGCGCUUGUUCAGAAAGGAAGACACCUGUCCUUCCCUAUAUCCACAUAGUAUGUUUCAUCCAACUUCUAUGCUGAUUACAAAGAAAAUGAAAGAAUAUGAAUGGACAGCCAGAUGAAGAGAUAUGUAGGGCGAGGACCUGAACAAAGGAGCUUCUGUCCUAGCUAAAGUUUGGGCCCCAACAUGGUGGCCCGUGGAGGUGUUCUGGCUCCCCCGAUUUGGAAGCUCGCUGAACCCUCUCCAUUUUGGGGUUUUACGGAGGCUGCGUUACAGAGGCACGAUUGUUUAAUUCCUUGGCCAUUGGUUGAUUCAACCUUCAGCCCCUCUCCCCUCCCAGGAAAUCAGUCUCUACACAGGCACGGUUGGUUUCCCUGGCAACCAGCCCCCAUCCUUAGGUGUUUCCCCAAGCCCACCUCCUGCGGACACACCACAUGCUGUGAAUAACAAGGCACCCGGUUCACCUUUAAGGCUCUGAAGCAUUUUCAGGAACUGAGGACGAGACUAAAAAUAUUAAAACACAAGGUUUACCCAUUGCUCUUAACACUCAGGAAAUUCCAAGGGUUUGGGGAGCUGUAAGCCAGCAACUGUGGAUGAAGACCAAAUAUAUAAUGAAAAAUAUAUUUUGGUCCUCCAAAUGAAUGACCAAAUGUAUAUAUUUCUUACAAAUCACAAUAUUGCUCCUAGGUAGUCUCCAACCUGUUCAUCCAUCCAUCUCACCUAUUCGUCCGUUAAUCUCAUCCAUCCAUCUCAUCUAUCCAUCUGUCCAUCCAUCCAUCCACCCCAUCUAUCCAUCCAUCCAUUCACUCAUCCAUCCAUUCACCCAUCCACCCAUCUAGAUACUUAAUACCUACCAAGUGAAAGGCAUUUUUCUAAGCAGUGGGAUAGAGCAGUGAACAAAACACAUCCCUGCCUUCAUGGGGUUUAUAGUCUCGUGGUGAGAGAGUCAGUGGGAGAGGCAGACAAGAAACACAAGAAAUAAGUAAAUUAUACAGUAUAAUAUAAACUAAUGGAUGUUAGGGAGAAGGAUGAAUCUGGGAAGGAGGCUGGGGAGUGUAGGGUGGGGCAAGAAUGCAAUUUUAAAUAAGAUCAUCAGGGAAAACCUCAGGGAGGCUUUUAUCUGAGCAAAGACAUGAAGGCGUUGAGGGAGCCAGCCAAGAAGAUAUCUGGGAGAAGAGCAUUCCGGACAGAGGGACAGCAAAGACAGGUUUAGGGAGCUGGAAGGAGGCUGCAUGACAGGAGCAGAGUAAUGGCUUGGGGGCACCAAGAGGGGAAGGGAGAUGAGGUCAGAUGGAGGCCAAAAAGUGCAAUGUCUUAUAAGCUAUGGUACGAUUUUGGCUUUUACUGGGUGAGAUGGGUAAACAUCGGGAGGGUUCAAGCGGAAGGAUGACAUAAUC